AAUUCAGCCCAAUAAUCGAACUUAGGCCCAAUAUAAAAGCGUUACUCAACAGUUGAGAGAGAGAGAGAGAGAGAGAUGAGGGGUGUUGGGGGUCCGUUAUUGUGCAUCAGCGAUCUGCUAAGCGACGUCGGCGACGACAACAACUCCGGCGGCAUCCACGAUCACGCCGCGCCGCCCGAGGUGGCCGACGUUUCUAAACUCUCGGCGUCUGAAAUUCCCAAGCUAUUCCAGGAAAACUUCAAUGAACUGAAAGGGGCACUCGAGGGUGCUGAUCACUCUUGGACUGCUCUAACACUCAAGUUGUGUGCUGCGCUGGAAACUGCAAACAAGUUGGUUGACUCUACCGAUUCUCACGUUGCCUCCUUGUCUGAUAAGGUUGAGGAACUGGAACGAAUUGUCAGUCGAAGAGAUUCUUCCAUAAUGGAAGCCAAAGCCAUCCAAGAUUUAUACUAGAUUAUGAGAAGUGACUUUAAUUAUCCCGUUGGAGUGUCAUCUGAGGCCAAGGGUAAGGAUUUAGCUUUUGUGUAAAGUAUGUAUUAGUUGCUAUUACUGCCUCUCACAACUAUGAUCAUGAUGAAAUCAAAGUGCUCUUCAUAUAAACACAUCCAAUUAAUUAUAUCUCUUGGUUUUGAGCAGAUUUGUGAUGUCACAGAUGGUGGUGUGUGUAAUAUGCUUGUAUGUUCAUUUGGUACAAUUCUUGUGAUAUGUUCGAGAACAUGACUGAUUGGUACAAGACAUUGUCACCUUGCCCAAGAGGUUUAUAUUGUUUAAA